GACUCCAGAGUUGUUUUGGAACCUCAAAAUGGAUCAAAGCAAUAGGUGGAGACUCCUGGAAUCGGAUUGGUACUCUCCAAGACGACUCCACGACAGUUCCACUCAAUACGAUUUGCCGGGGGAUCGCUUUUUACCCAACAGAGGUUUGAUGGAUCUUGAUGAAGCCCAGAGUCUAUUGACCAACAGGAGUCAGGACCAAAGAGUUGAACACUUCAAAUUGCAAUCAUAUCGACAGAAACUGAUUGAGAAUCUGUCUUUAGAUUCUGAAGGAAGAAGGAUUAUGGUUUUCAGAGGAAGCCGAAAAUCGAGUAGAAAGUCAAUUCGUUUUGUUGAUAAGAUGAGACAAGAAGAGGCAGCGAUAUUUGAUAAUAAGAUCAAACACACUCAAUAUCGGUGCAUCCCCAAGGAAGAAAAGAGGGUUUUGGAUACACCAGGGCUUAGAAAUGACUACUAUUUGAACAUCAUGAGUUGGGGUAAAAACGCUGUUGCUUUGGGUCCAAAACUGUACUUAUGGAACUCAGAGGACCAGGGUGUACAGAUGUUGCUGCAAGUUCAAGGUGAGAAUGAUUGGCCUACAAGUGUAACCUGGUCCGAGGAUGCCAGAACUCUAGCUGUUGGAUAUAUGAGCUCCAAACUUCAGCUCUGGGAUGCUCAGUCUUCCAAACUUAUUAGAGACCUUCAAGGUCACAGUGGAAGGAUAGCAUCCACCGCAUGGAAUGGCCACAUUUUAACAUCAGGAAGCCGUGACAAAUCCAUUAUUAUUCAUGAUGUUAGAGCAGACAAUUUGACUUCCUGCAUAAAAAAGCACGCUGAUGAAGUGUGCGGUUUGAAAUGGUCAACUGAAGGCCAUAGAUUGGCAAGUGGAGGCAAUGACAAUCUGUUAUACAUAUGGGAAGCUUCCAAAAUGAAUUCAUCCAAGUUUCUACAUCGACCCAGAGAUCAUUGUGCGGCAGUCAAGGCCCUUGCUUGGUGCCCUUCUCAACAGAACGUGCUUGCCUCAGGAGGUGGCUUGCAUGAUGGUUGUAUUAAGAUAUAGAAUACACAAAAAGGAAUCUGCAUUAACAGCAUAGAAACCAAUGCACAGAUUUGUGGGCUUGAGUGGAACAGACACCACAAGGAGAUUUUGAGUGGCCAUGGCUACAGCACAAGGGAGAUCCAAAACAAACUAUGCCUGUGGAGGUACCCUUCCAUGACCAAAGUUCGGGAGUUGGGGAAUCCCAGAUCCAGAAUUAUCAACCUAUGCCAGAGCCCUGAUGGAGUAACUGUUGUAUCUGCUGGGGCAGAUGAGACUCUUCGCUUUUGGGACGUUUUUGUACCCCCUACUACUGGAAAUUCAAUGGUUUCAGAUCUUCGAGGUCUUUUGUCUUUGAAGACAUCUGCAAUAAGAUAAUAGCAUGUGGAGUAAUCGUUCACAACAUGCUAGUAUCCUUCUUUGUAACUUAUUCGGUUAUUGUAUAGAUAUUCAGAGCAUGCUUGCCAUUUUUGACCU